CUUCAUUCGAGGGACCUCGUGGUACUCAUUUCCAUCCGUUGAUUUUCAUGGUGCCAUUCUCAACCAGGUUUUUAUGCAUGUCGAAUGCCUGGAAGAGUAGAUGGGGUUCGUGACCCAUUCCUUUCCUUAAACACUCGAAUUCUGCUUUGUUGAAAUAAUCCUCCAAAAUCGGUCGAUAGUCUGGGUGUGCACAGUUCUUGAUGAUGACUCGGGCUCUCUCUCGUGGAGACAGUCCUCGAACAUCGGCCAGGCCCUGUUUGGUUAUUGAAAAAUCAAGUUAGUUUUUGUCCAUGAUGUGAGUGCUCAGAGAGGACAGAAGAGAACAAGAGACAGGGGAAAACAUACGACUUCGGUAACCACAACAUCCAAGUCGUGCUCAGUUUGAUCGACGUGAGUACACAUCGGCACGAUACAGCUGAUACCGGUAGGGUCGGUCUUCGUGGGUCGCGCACUGGGCGUGUGCAUGAUCGAGUACUUGGAAGAACGCAAGAAAUCGGCCGAGCCGCCGAGACCGUUGAGCAUACGAGAUCCCAUGACGCAUGUGCUGUUUGCAUGGGCAUAAAUGUCGACUUCAACUGGCGUGUUCAUUCCGAUGACGCCCAAUCGUCGGAUGAUCUCAGGUGAGUUUGAAACUUGUUGAGAUCUGAGCAGCAGCUUAGUGUGAUAUGCUUCCCACUGGAUGAAACUGUCAGUGGCCAUAAUGGCAAGGGAGAGGGAAAGAGAGGGCACGCGCGACUUACCCCAUCGUAGAAACGCUUGAAACCGCCCGGCGAGAAUCGGAUGGAUGUGGCUGUCGCAAAGUCCAGGUUCCCACUGUCGAACAGAUCGAGGAAUGAAUCUUGCAAAACUUCAGUCCACACCUUGAGGUUCUUGAAGUUUGCACCUCCCUUGGCCAAUCCACCAAUCACGGCAUUCGCGAUGUUUCCAAUACCGGACUGGAUUGGAAGCAAGUUGGGCGGCAAUCGACCAUGUUUGACCUCGUGUUGGAGAAAUUCGAUGAGGUUGGAUGCAAUGGCUCUCGAACAGUCGUCCUCGGGCGCAUUUUCGCUGGUCUGAUCGGGAUAGUCUGAUUCGACAAUGGCGACUACCCGCUCUGGGUCAACGGGGAUAUGUGGUGUACCGAUACGAUCCUCAGGCGCCAUGAUCAGGUAUGGCUUGGAAACCCGUCAGCCUGGAAACAAAAAACCACAUCCACGGCAAACUCACCUUUCUUCGUGGCGGCAAGUCAGUCAUAGUGAUAUCGUGCAAGCCCUCGAAACUGGGAGCAGCCGUAUUGACUUCGAUAAUGACCUUCGAAAAACGUCAGAUCGCCUUCUAACUGUUUCGACAAGUUACUCAAUUCAAAGAUACCUUGUCGGCCAUCUGUAUAAUCUCAGGUGAUGCUCCCACACUGGCGCCGGGAAUGAUGCCGCCGUCCUCCGUGAUGGCAGAAGCCUCGACGAUUGCAACAUCCAGUUUGUUGUUCUCCUUGUGCAUGGUAUAGUAACCGUACAUCAAGUCUACAGGGAACAUACUGAGAUGCUUGUCGAAAAAUUUGAUGUUACCGUUGUUGAUACCUUUGGCGAUCUCCUUGCCGACCUGGUGAGGAGCUCGUCGUUCGAUCAUGUUGAGUCUUGCCCAUCGGUUCUCCGUCUCUGCGCCGGACGAAGCACCCACAAAGAGAUUGUACUUGAGCUUCCCCUGGAGUCCAUUCUUCUCAACAUGGUCGGCCAAGGCCGUCGGGACUUUCCUAUCGAGCCGGGUCAGAGCUGUGCGACAGUCACAGCUUGAGAUCUGGAGUUACUCACUUUGGAUAUCCUACUCCUGUAAAGCCUGACCAGCCGAUGUACGAGCCAUGGGGGAAAAGGUCGAUAAGAUCCUCUGCCUUUGCAAGUUUAUUUAGGUAUGAAGCUCGUCGACACCGGCUUUUGAGCAAGGCUGAGGCCGCCAUGAUCCACUCACACCAGAAUUACCAGGCUGCACAGGAGCAGACCAGAGAAUGAAUCUCGAGAUGCUGUCGCUGAGGUAAGGAUUGACCAACAACUUUGUCGUCUCGAGGAAUGUCAAGUUCCAGAAAAAAGCAAAAGAGGAAGCGCGUUGUGAGCCGAUGUGAACAGCAUGCGAGCUUUGUCACUGGGUCUGGAUUGGCGGGCGUACCCCUCCCUGUGCCCUCCUCCGGCCAGGGGCGGAGCUGUACAGGGCGAAUCACAGGGGCCACAGCGGGAUCCAGUAUCAGACGAUUCUCUGACGGCCAAUUAAUUCAGCUUACUUCACCUAUUUCCCUCGUUAUAAACAGAACCCGCUUAAGCCUCUUUGGAGCCCGAGUCUUCUCCGGGCUUCAUACCCACAAACAACCAACAACAGCUACUUACUACUAAUAUCCACCACUUUCCCCUGGGACACACUCGAAUGGAACGCACUCGACUUCUACUCCGUAAUAAAUACUAAUAAAACGCAUGGCCACCUUGGCUGACCCUACCCAUUGUGGCUUGAAGCCCUUCGUCCGUGUUCCAAACGACAGGAAUCAACAAGAUUUGCCAGCUUCCUAUACUUCCGACGCCGAUGACUAUUCUAGAGUAGUCACUCCGUAAUGUACGUCUCAUUUGCAGAACAAGGGCUUAGGCAAGUGGUCAUACUCCAGCUGCUCCCACGGGUCAUCAUAAUCAGCUCUUGGGAGGGAUCCAAGGCACGCUCUGUCAAACAGCUUCUCGCCGACGUUGAUGCUCCCACUGACGACGCGGAUCAACUGCACUUGGUGGACUUUUUCCGAUGGAUACCCCUUCUCCAUGGCCACAAAGUACGCACAGAUCCCUUCGUGUGAGAUGGCCACAAGGUUCUCGGUGAUGUUCUUCGUCGGCCUGGAACCCGUGAAGAUCUGGAUGGCAUUUUGAAGACGACGGACAUCAGGCGCAUUCCACUCGUUCCCAUACACAAUCUUGAAAUGUUCUUUCCAGUGCUUGCCCCGGGCUUCCAGUCGCUUCGAGACUUGACCAAGAUAGAAGCUUUGGAUUCCUGAUCGUGUGGGAUACAAUCGCGAUGACACUGUCAUUCUGGACAAGGAUAACCCGAGAGCGAUAAUGGUUUCGACCAGUACAGCGAGACAAUAGCCAUGAGGCGGCGGCACACCUUCCUGUCCAUCUGCAAGGUGUUCUUUGGCAGUGCAGAUCCCACAAUGGCAGGCCUUCCUAACCCGUGUCAGUUGUUCGACAUAAUUCGCUGCCGCGUCCUCAUGGGACAACUUCAGCUGUUUUUCCAUCCGCCCUUCGAAGCGCCGAAGUUCAGGGAGCCAAUUGGUCAAAGUCACGAUUAGUCCGGCACCAUAGGAUGCGUCGUUGUUCUGAUUCUGGGUUGAAACGAGCUCAUUGUGUUCUUCAUGCCCUCUGCCGAGAGCGAGGCCCUCAAACAUUUUGGCAGCACUUCCCAUCAUGGUCGCGAAUGCCUUUGACUCUUCGUGGUCUAGAUAACGAAAACUCUUGCCAAACACUUUUGGGAGAAGUGACUGCCAUGCCACUCGACCUCCGAACGGAGUCGCGUGCACUGCCGAAGAGUAAGUUCUGUCCACGAGCGACAAGUCAGCAACUCCAGAUAUAUCCAAAUCUCCCUUUUCGAAGGAAACCGAGAGUCCCGGGUUCUUGACAAAGACCAACGUUAUCUGAGGGUCUUGAUCUGCGUGUGUUCUGCGCAACUGUUGUCCACCAGUCUGAUACACGGCAAGCGGCAGAUCACAGAGCCAUUCGGCCACUGCCCCUAUCCAGCUAGUGAUUGCGCUGCCGGUAAAUGUGGCCUGCUUCUGACGCCCGCUCGUAACUUCAAGCAGGGCAGAUAUGGCUUUAGCGACCACUCUGGGCGGGAUUAGAGAUUCCACGUGAUCCACAUUGAUGAUGUUGUAGGGAUACAGCUGGAUGUAAUCUUCUACAAGGAGCCCGAAAUCCGUCGAAGCAAGCGCGCCGUUGCACCCGUGUAAGGCGGCUUUCCACUGAACGAAAUGAGGUGUGGUUGCCUCGCCCGGAGUUGCUGCUGUUGCUGCUGCCGAUAAUUCCAUCAGCACCAACGCCCCAUAGGUCUCGUGGAAAGUCUCGGUCAAGGCAAGCAUCACAGCCAGAUGAUCGUAGGAUCCUUCGUCCUCAUGGACAGCUCGGUCGUAGAUGACGUGCGAAGGACCCCAACCGAGAGAUAACUUGUCAGCCGGUGCGACGGACAUAUGGACCGGAAGGUUGCUAAGAGCAUUGUUCAUGUUCCGCUGGCCUGCGACACCGAUUUUCAGAUCGCGGAGGAGUAAGAAGGCCACAUAGCGAACGUAAGGAUCAACUUUGUCUCCAGCGAACCUCCGCAAUGUCGUCGAGGACAGUGAGAUGCUCGCAGGGAUGUCAUCAGCUCCGAAUGAGGAAGGCAUUGCUUGAUGACGAUAAGUUCCUCCGAGGGGAGCUGAUACAGCUUUGCUUACCUUGACUUACUACCUAUGUACCUCACGGGGAAGUAAUUGGGGCCCCUUGAAGGACCUUGUCUGAGGAAACUCGAUCAUUAGAUCGACAAGAAGAAGCUCAAUAUUACAGUCGGCUAACUAAGCUCGACUCAGCAAAGGCACAUAUUGUAAGAUUGCCGGUAAAGUCGACACCAUCGUGAGUCAGCAAAGACAAAUGCGGGUAACGAGUACGAGGGCCUAGACACAAAGUACGUCCUACGAUCAUUCGAUCGGGAUUCGGGCCACCAAAGCUCAGACUUUGUAAAUCUCGUAUUUGUCGCGGGGCAAGCUUACAGUACUUGUUAGCGAGUCGCCUUAAAAGUCAAGUACGAAUACCCCGUAUAGGACGAGUUACGGUUCGCUGAAUGGACGAGGUCUACGAGUGACAUGUGCGAAAGUACAGCAAACCCCUCAACGACCUUACAACUCCACUCCACCAUUUUAACAUACUUGUAAUUCAUCGCUCCUCGCUUAACAGGGGGCCCCAGGUAAGGAUAUCCUUGCACCUGUACACACGUUUGUAGCAUCUACUCGUGUUGUCUCUGUGAGAACGUCAAGGGUAAUGGCGGUCCUGAAUAUCAAUGAAGGGAGCCUUACCUCCCUCCACCUCCCAGGCACGUGCACUCAAAUUUACUCGACUACAACACAGCCCCCUUUUUGAGGCUGAGCGAACGAAUCAACCGAGUUUCUUGAAGCUUCAAAUCGGAACAGCAUCGCUCGACAUGGGAGGGGCAAGGGAUUGCCUUGGCAAGCUCCAGACUACGCCAAAAUCAUCACUCGUAAUUGGAUUGACAUCAGCUCACCACCCCCCUCUCGCGAAUUCCAGCGGGCUAUCCUGCCUCUGUUGGUGUUGGCUCGUGAGCUUGGCAUGGUGGUCGUCACUACAGGUCCUCAAGCAUGCUGAAAGGAGCAAUAAGAUGCAAGCAUUGGGAAAUAAGGACGUGUGGAUCAUCAGUCUCGACUCUCAUCUCAUCCCACGCCACACACAUGUCGAAGUAUCUAAUAAAGGGAAACGUGUGAGCACUUGAUCGCCUCGUUUCCCAUCCUUUCCCGUACCUCGACAAAGGGGGAAUGCCGCCUACGACCCUGCCAUCAUCACCGCUUUACAGACGUGGUGUAUCAUUUGACACUUUCGACGCCGAAGAUGCACCAUUUAAACUGUUCACACUCAGUUUCGCACAUGGUGGUUACUACGACAUCGCCACCGCUACCACCACCGCCAGACCGGGUCGGGUCUUCCUUUGUGGUUUGGAUGGCACCGAGUCUUCUGAUCUCGUCCUGAGAUGGGCUCUGGGAGAGUUGGUCGACGACGGCGACGAGAUCGUCUGUGUCUACGGGGUUGAGAAGGAAUCGAUCUUGACCGGUUGGCCCUCCCGCUCGAAACGUGGCCGGCACCAUCGCAUCGAAGCAGAGAAACUCUUGGAGAGUGUGAUCAACAAGAACACGAGUGGAAAGGUCAUCAAAAUCGUCCUCGAGAUAGUGGGAGUUGGGAAGAGCUCCUCCAUCGUCGUUCAAUCAAUAAUUGAUCUUUAUGAACCCACUGCGCUCGUCGUGGCUGCAAGCGACGGGAAUUCGUCGAGUGUUCAAAAGAUGCUAUCCGGUUCCGUUUCUACUUGUUGUUGGCAACAGCCAGAGAUACCAGUGAUUGUCGUUCGAGCCGGAAUGAUGGCAAGAAGACCCCACAAAUCGAAUCAUCAUCACCAACAGCAGCAGCAGCAGGACCAGGGACAACGUCGACUGUCCGACCAGAGGUCAUCCAUCUCUCACCGUUCAAGCAGCCCACGGGACAACGGCUCUCUUUCGACUCAGGAUUUCCUCACCACCACCAAAGGCGGCACGACCAAGGCGGGUGGUUGCCAAACUCCUCAAAAAAGGGGCAUCUUGAAAAACAAACACGAAAAGUUGUUUAUAAAACAGUCCGAUUCAGACAAAUGUGACGCAGACACAAACGAAACUUUGGGGGAACAAGGGUUCACCCUUCCAAUUGGGUUCUUGAGCACGGAGAGUGGCCCUCAGGCUGACCUCGCCAUGAAGAGUCCAAGCAUUGCGGCAUUGGAGGAGGAUUGGGAGGAUGAGGAGAAGGAGCAAGACAAAAACAAGGGUAAGAAGCAGCAGCAGCAGCAACUCAAAGUCCAAAACGAAGAAGAAAAAGACGCCGAUGACGAUGACGACGACGACGAUCCCGCCGUCUCCGAUGACACGGACGACGACUUGAAACCGAUGAAGAUUCUGGCUGAAAGACGACCAUCGGUGAGAGAAACCACACCUUGGCUAGCGAGUAUCUUGGGUCCGACCAGAACGAACCCUCGUGGUCACAAUCGAAAGUCUCAAAUCCAUUAUUAAAAAAAGAAAGGACUUGAUCAACCAAGGUAUAACCAAGGUACGACAAUGAUGGUGCUGGAAGAGAAAAGAACGUCGAGGUUGUCGCCGAUGAAACUGGGGUAGCUUCUGCCCAAACUUCUGCGUGAACGAUCCUGAAAGUUCCCUUACUCCUACCGUUUUUUUUUCGACCGACACUUCAGUGUCAUGUUGCAGGCAAGGCACAUUUCUCUUUUUUUUUCUCUGGAAGAUCGAUGUUGUCGGCUUUUUUGCAAGCGAAAAGGAAAAAACGGUGGAGUGCAUUCUCAAAACCGAAUAAGAAGAGUUACGAGUCUACAGGUACAGUAGACAUAAUACCCGGCAAGACGGAACGAAAAUGCUUUCAAAACCUCGACGACAAUCCAACGCAAGCUUUUGUACCAAACCCCCACGAACAAGGCGAAAUACAUGUAGAUUGAGUCUGGUAAUCAAUCGCAGAAACUACGAGGCUCGAGGUGUCAAGGAUGACGGAAAUUCGAAGCGAAGACCAUCCAAGUUUGAUUUGAAAGUCUCGUUGCUGAGUACGGGGGCAUCGAGGCCAUACAUACACAAGGGAGCGUAUCCUCCAAAUGGUACCAUUUUACCUAUCCCGUCCGUACAUGUAACUGUAUACCCAGGAAAGUCUUUUCCUCUACUCAUGAUAGCUUAAGUUCUUGCAAACUAGCUAGGUAUGUACAGAAACACGCCUGACCAACACGAACCAA